AGGUGUUGUGCUACGCAACAUUGGCACUGUUGGAGAGGAGGCCUGAGGCUAUCUACACCGCGAUCGAGCGGCCGCUACUGGUCACACAGACUGCCGCUUUAAUGGAGAUUGUUCAUUCACUUGUAGGGCUUGUGAAGUCUCCUGUCUCCGCAACAAUUCUACAACUUAUUGGAAGGAUAUUUGUUGCAUGGGGUGUCUUGUGGAGCUUUCCCGAGACGCGCCCUCAUAUUCUUGUUACUUCCUUGACCCUAGCAUGGUCCAUUGCUGAGGUCAUCAGAUAUCCUUACUAUGGUAUGAAGGAGACAUUUGGAUUUGCACAUUUCUGGCUAUUAUGGCUUAGGUAUAACAUGUUCCUCGUACUCUAUCCUAUCGGUAUGCUAAGUGAAGUUGGCCUCAUAUACGUCACAAUGCCUUACAUGAGGGCCUCCAAUAAAUAUUGCCUUCAAAUGCCCAAUAAAUGGAAUUUCUCCUUCAACUACCACUAUGCAUCUGUUCUUCUAAUGGGUAUCUAUUUUCCAGGAUUUCCACACUUGUACCGUUAUAUGCUCCUUAGGAGGAAGGUGGUCUUGUCAAAGGCAAAAUCCGCAUGAUAUUACUCACAAGCUUUCUAGAGUAUAUGUCUCAAGUGACUUCUGAAUGUGUGAGUUGUGUGCUUCCACACAUGAUACUUCCCACCAGCGUAUAUCUACUAUUUGUGUGACGUUGUUCUCAUGUUUUCUAUCGUUUCCCGAUCAAUAAAGUUGGGGUGGUGAGCGUUCCCCACCUGAGUGCAAUUACUCAAUCGCCAGCAAAUUUUUCCAUACGACGAGGAUGACAACUUCAGUCUAAAUCGAAAAGUUGAGUAUGUUGGUUGUGCUAGGGUUCCGCACAUCAUUAAAGGACACGAGGAGUGAUGCCAAUCUUAUGGAUGCUGAAGUGGUAGCACAGAGGUAGAUGCAUCCGAGUUUCGGUGUGAUCUUGGUGGCACAGGCUGAGGUUAUCAUUCAGGGUUUUAUGCAGAAGCUUUUCCAUUUAAUCUUUAGUUUGUCUCACAUAAGGAGCAUUUAGCAAUGAAAGUUGAAGUUUAUAGAAUGAGGAAUAUCACUAAUAAAGCUCUUCUCAUGAUGUGUUGA